UCUUUCUUUCUGUCUGCUCGGCCGGCUUGGCUGCCCCCGGGAGGAACGGAACCGCCGUUGCACAGGAAGUGGCAACACACACACUCCCAGACACACUCACACACACUCCUGUAUGAUCAUCCGGACCGGGAGGCAGCUUCCCCUGCCGCACUGAAGGCGAGAAGGAGAAGGAGAAGAAGGGCGCCUGCAGCGCACAAUAGGGUCGCCGUCGCUCUUCCCUGCCGCUGCCUCCUCCUCGGAACAGGCGGUGCCCGGAGAGAGGAGCCGCUCUUGCUCCUUGGAGGAGGCGGAGGCUGGCGCGGCUGCAUCGGAGCUGGAGGCGGAGAAGGGGAGCCAGAGCCAGCCACCCCCAGGACGGUGAUUCUGAGUGAAGGACCUUGCAAGCGUAACUAAGUGGUUAUCAUGGGCUUAAUUGCGUUUCUGAAGACCCAGUUUAUAGUUCACCUCCUGAUUGGGUUUGUCUUUGUCGUGAGUGGGUUCAUCAUUAACUUCAUCCAGCUAUGCACGCUAAUCCUCUGGCCUAUAAACAAGCAGUUUUAUCGACGAGUAAACUGCCGCCUUUCCUACUCAUUGUGGAGCCAGUUAGUGAUGUUGCUGGAAUGGUGGUCUGGUACAGAAUGUACUCUCUUCUCAGACCAGGACACAAUCAAUAAGUUUGGAAAAGAGCAUGUCAUCAUCAUCUUGAACCACAACUUUGAAAUUGAUUUCUUGUGUGGCUGGACCAUGACGGAACGCUUUGGUGUGUUAGGGAGUUCAAAAGUCCUUGCUAAGAAAGAACUGUUGUAUGUGCCCCUAAUUGGCUGGACAUGGUAUUUCCUGGAAAUUGUAUUCUGCAAAAGGAAAUGGGAAGAAGAUAGAGACAUGGUUAUUGAAGGGCUAAAAAGAUUGUCUGAUUAUCCAGAGUAUAUGUGGUUUCUUUUGUAUUGUGAAGGAACUCGUUUUACAGAAACCAAACAUCGUAUUAGCAUGGAAGUAGCAGAGUCUAAGGGAUUGCCUAAACUCAAAUAUCACUUGUUGCCCAGAACCAAAGGUUUUACUACAGCUGUCCAGUGUCUCAGGGGAACAGUUUCAGCUGUGUACGAUGUGACGUUAAACUUCAGAGGAAAUAAAAACCCAUCUUUAUUAGGAAUCCUUUACGGAAAGAAAUAUGAAGCAGACAUGUGUGUCAGGAGGUUUCCCCUAGAAGAUAUUCCUUUAGAUGAAAAGGAAGCAGCAAAGUGGCUUCAUACACUUUACCAAGAAAAGGAUGCUUUGCAAGAGAAGUAUAAUCAAGAGGGCAUUUUUCCUGGACAGCAAUUCAAACCUCCCAGAAGACCAUGGACUCUCCUCAACUUUCUCUUCUGGGCUACAGUACUCCUGUCUCCUCUUUUCAAAUUUGGCUUUGGCAUUUUUGCAAGUGGAUCACCUCUCCUAAUUCUUGCAUUCCUGGGCUUUGUUGGAGCAGCUUCCUUUGGAGUUCGCAGACUGAUAGGAGUAACGGAAAUAGAGAAGGGCUCCAGCUAUGGCAACCAAGAAUUCAAGAAAAAGAAAUAAUUUCACAGAUGCAGUUCUGAACAUAUAACAAGACUAUGAUAUCAAAUUAACUUCAUUGAAAGAAAGACACUUAGAAAACUUAUCUUUUUUUUUCUUAUUAACUGAUAACUAAUAAUACUUGAGCCAAGACUGAAGAAAUGGGAAAAUUCAAGAGAAGAAGAAACAAAUUGACUACUUAUCUGCCUAAGGAUCCCUGUGUUCAUAGUUUUUGGAGAAAAUCUGGGCUAAAAAAACCCCACAGAAACUUUUUCCCCUUUUUUUGUGAGUGGGUGGGGGGAGCUUAUGGGUGACGCUACAUGCAUUUUCAGAUAACUGUUUUGUUUUUCAAGAAUACAACACUCGCUUUUCAAGGAGAGACACUGAACUUUUCUUUUGGUCAAAAAUGGUUUAACAUUUCCUUGUUUUUAGCGUCUUUUUGAAACAAAAUUAGGCAGCAUGCAUCACAACAAACACACAGUAUCCAAUUAAUUUUACAGCUGUUCCUUGGAGAGGAAGCCACUUGGAAAGACGACUUAAUAUUUGCAGUCAUUUUAGUUUGUCUUUAUUCUAAUAUUUAUUAGUGUGUACAAUGGCAUUGUAAUGACAGCUGCACCUUUACUGAUAAGCACAUAUUUUCUGCCAGAUCUUACUAGGAUGGAUGCAAUCCUAACUUUAGCCCCUUUAUGUUGUGCCAGUAAAAUUGGCGCAGACUUACAAUGGCCUACAUAGAUACUGAACUCAUCAUUUCUGUGCUCCCGAAAUGUGGGACAGAUGUGUCAGGAGAUGGCUGAACUUUGCAGUAUUUGUUGGUUUAGUUCUUGGGUAUCUUUUAAAUAUCCAAAUGGUGUUUCUGUUUUCCUGGACUAUUUUUGGCUUUAUUCUACAAAAAAAUCCAGCAUUAAACACAUACAGGAGUAGAGCUUUGAAAAUGUACUGUUUUUGAACUGCAGCUUCUUUAAUCCCUCAAACCACACAGCCAUUGCCUAUUAUGACUGAGCAAUUCGAGGGGUUGUAGUCCAAAAACAUAAUUUCCCCCAGAUCUCCAUCAAUGUCUAGAAAAAUUAUUACAUUUAACUAUCCUUAACAAGCAUUUGGGGUUAGUCGUGUGUUUGAGUGAAACUGUAUAUCUUUAGGGUUGCAGCUGCAAACAUGCCUAACUGAAAGUCCUUUCAUCUCAAACUAGGAGAACAUUCUUCCAGGUAAAGUUGUAGGAUCUGAGGGCUGGGAUGUCAACUUAGCUGCCCUGUGUUGUUGCAGUAAAUUUACAAUUUUACCAACAGUCUGUUUGCCACUGAACAAAAAUUGAUAUCUACACAUCAGGUGACCUAAGUAGUUUAUCAUCAUCAUCAUCAUCAUCAUCAUCAUCAUCAUCAUUUUGUUAUUAAUUUUUGCUGCAUGUUCUAUCUUCCCAAAAUAGUUCCAAUCAUAUCUGGCUCCAAAGAACAUUGACAGAAACUACACGGCCUUCUUAGUUUCAUCUUUCAGGGUCCAUCAUGACCGCUUCCCAUGGGAAAGCCAUUGGUUUGAAGCGGCCUGCAAGCCAGCUUCAAACUAAUUUGAAGCACAUUUUGGUUGGGGUUGGAACUUUUAAGUGUUUCUAUUGAAUGAAUGUUAUAUUCUGCUGAGCCAGAAGGAGGCAGCUUCCAUCCAGAGGCUGUCUUGUUUUCGUAAUAGAGCUUUGCAGUUGAUUAAAAUUUACGUAUGUUUUAAAAGGGGGUAUCUGUAAGUAUGUGACAAUGAUAUGUGUCUUCUUCCAGUGAUGGGACCAACAUUUUGCAAUCAGCUCUGCACCAACAAAACAAAACAAACAUCUGAAUGAAGUUACCUAAAUAGAAUUCAAAGCAGAAUUGCUCCCUGCUACUCUAGUCAAUGUACUCUUAAUGCACACAUUCUUAUCUGAAAAUUUGAUUCUUGCCUUGCAAGAAACAGAGAAUGCGUUCUCUCUCUCUCUCUCUCUCUUGCUUUCUCAAAACCAAGGGUAAAUAUGUAAUAUUUUACUUGCAAAAUGUGACUGUUGACACUAACUUUUUAUUUCUCAGACCAUAGGUCAUUUAACAAUUUCUGGAAUACCUUUAUUUGCAAUUUGCCAUUGGGAAAAAGAGUUAUCUUAUGGGCUGUAAUCAAAAUAAUAGAUAUACAAGCAUGGUAGAGAAUGGAUAACCUUUGCCUUGCUCCUGUUUCUGUUGCUAAAGUGACAAGCAGUUUUAAAAAACUUAACUAGUUGCUUGUCUCCAACCAGAAUUACUAUCACAGCAGAAGCUGUAACUGCAUUUGUUUCUUUCCUGCAUGUAUAUACCAGUACUUUGGAUCACAGCCCAGAAUAUCCAUUUUGCUGUGUCUUUCCCUUAGCAGAACAUUGUUCCAUUGGUCAUGGAAAACACAAGCAAUGCUUACUGAAAUAAAUUAAAUCUGAUCUGACUCUUAAGGGCAGACAACUCAUAUAUUAACUUCAUUAGAAGUUGAAUAUGUGCUUCUUGGGAAGGGGCAGAAUCCAGCCAUGACUAUUUUCUAAAACUCCUUAGAUAUUUUCUGCUUUUUGUUUGUUUUCAUACUGUUAAGGCAGCUGGACAGAAAAAAAUCUAUUUUUUUUCUCUCCAGAGAUAUGAAAAGGUUGGAAUUGCAUUGUUUUAAAAAUGAAAUGGGCAAAUAACUCUUACUUGUUGGGAGGGUCUUUUUUUUUCUUUACUAAAUGCUGUAUAAUUGCUUUCCGAAGAUUUUGAAUACAUUUUAAUUGCACCUAAUAACAAAAGCAAAUCAGGAAACCCACUAGCUGUGUGUUACAAUUAUAUGUGAGCAAGGAGUUAUGUACCACUAGAUGAGCCCAGAAAUGUUUAACAUGCUUAGGAGGGGUGGAGCAAGGGUCAAACAAGAAGUUGGAAAGAAGAAGAAUGAGUAUAUAACUCUUUAAAAAAAAUAGGUGUCUAGUUUCUACUUAGUACAGAUAACUCCUGCUUGAAGGUAAUGGGAGUAGUGCAUGUAUAUUACGGGGGGAAAGCAGAUGUUUUUCUUCUGUUUUAUUUUCAUAUCAUGGCAUAUUCAUCAUAUUUUGUUUUGAAAAACAUAGCAAAGAGCACACAUUUGUCUGCAGUUCUAGGAAGACAUAUCCAUUUUGAAAACAAACGUAACAACAUUGCACAAUAUAGUACACAACAGCUCAUUUUUUUGGCUUGAACUUUGGUUUGUCUCUUUAAAUAGUUUUUUUAAAAAAAAAAUACGCAAAGUGUGUAUGAAAGAAUAUUACUGGAAAUAGCAGCAAGUGUGUCUCAUAAAGAAAAUCAGAUGGUUUGGAUUGGAACCGUGAACAUAGAUUUUAUACUUACACUAUUUUCUUCUGGUUUAAUAGAGCAUAGCUUGUAUAUUUGACUACCAAGCCCUUUGAGAGCAAUAAUAAACAAAAUAUACCAUGA